GGAGGCUCCCGCAGCUCUGUCCCUCCUCGAUCGCCGAGAGUUCAACACUCGCACGCUCUGCAAUUCAACAUUCCAAAAGCAGCCGGCAGCCCUCCUUGCCUCCUUCUACUUUCUGAUCUUUGGUGAGUAGAGCAUAUCCUUCUGGUCCUCGGAGCAUUUUCCGACGCCCGGGCGACGCGACGACGCCGGCCGGGUCGACUUCGAGCUCGGCGAGAUCGGGCGGAACCCCGACCGCGGACGAGUUGAGGUUAGCGCGAGCGUUGGAUAACGAGGCGCGAGAGAGAGAGACGGCUUGAUUUUAGAACGAGAGCGCCGCGUACGUACGUCCGUGCAGCAGCACACAUCGAUCUGUCGCGUGAUUUUCGACUCGAGCACAGCCCCGCCGACUCCAGGUACCGUUGAGUUUGUGAGAAGGAAGAGACAAGGUAACCAUGUUCGCCUGCACCAGAUUCAUCGCCCCAGUUGCCAGGUCCACCCUGGUCUCUGCAUCAAAGGCCUACAUCAGGCCAAUCAGCAGCGCAGUGCUCAACCAAAGCCAGACGCUGCAACAGCAGAACCAAACACCAGUCAGCUUGUCCCCGGCUAUCCGUAGCUUCCAGACGUCGACGAUCAGCCGUGACAUCGACUCUGCUGCCAAAUUCAUUGGUGCUGGUGCUGCCACUGUUGGAGUUGCAGGAUCCGGUGCUGGUAUCGGAUCUGUGUUUGGAUCCCUCAUCAUUGGUUAUGCCAGGAACCCAUCUCUUAAGCAACAGCUUUUCUCAUACGCCAUUCUGGGCUUUGCCCUGUCAGAGGCCAUGGGUCUUUUCUGUCUUAUGAUGGCUUUCCUGCUCCUCUUCGCCUUCUAAGCCACGAAUCCUCCAUAAAAAAUACCAAUAGUUCUAGUGCGUCACUGCCAAGGCAGCAUCCUCUUACCUUGGUGAAGAGGCAGCUGUUUCUGGUAUGCGGUUCAGUCCAUGAUAUCAUUUCGGGAACCAGUGACUUGCUGCAACGGAGAGCAACGGUGCGACAAUAGCAAGGAAUAGUAAAAACGGGGCAGUACACGAAAUUGAGAACAGCAAACACAAGUCUCGAAGCCGUUUAAUCAUCCCUCCAAAACAGCCAUUGUAACUUGUGUUCUCAAUAAUCUCAUGGUCUACCGCUCGGUGUAGCGUAUCUCACAUUGUUAUCAAGUAAUGAAUUUCAGUCUAAUGAACGAAUAGGAGGUUACCGAAAAUUAUCGAGAACGACAGCCUCACAUGCAUACCCACCAUUACGCGCACGCACGUACAUACUCAAACGCCCUAUAGUGUCGAUGCGAUAAUUAAAGGCAAAAUUCUUUUCAAACUCUUUUGUUACCCGAGCGAUUCAUCAUUGUUGUGCUGUUGUGUACGCACGUUGUUGAGGUAACUCUUGGCGAGGAAUCUGUACAGUGAUAUCGAAUAAACAUCUUUGUCGUGAGAUAAA